AUGAAUUUUCCACCUUGGGGAACUGUCUUGGGAUAACCAUUUGGUGUUGCAGCUUAUUCUAAUAUUGGAUUUGUAUUUGACAGAAAUAAAAUACAUGAAUAUUAAAGUUAUUGGCCUAAAGAAGAGACUGGUUUAGCAAGAGAUGUUUAUAUUGGAUUUAAGUAAAUCUCAAUUCUUAAAAAAAAGAUAUCAAUGUGUUGAAUAUGCUAGAAGAUUUCUAACUUUGUAUUUUAAAGCUGCCUUUUAAGAUGUUCCACAUGCACAUCACAUUUGGGCACUUGAUACAAUUGAAGAUUGUACUAAAGAAGAAGGAACAUUCCCAUUUGUCAAUUAUCCAAAUGGCUCUAAAGAGUUUAUUAUUUAUUUUAUUAUAGACCACCUAAAAUUGGAGAUAUAAUAAUAUAUCCUUAUUCAAAAGAAUAAAGAUUUGGUCAUGUUGGAGUUAUUAUUAAUGUGAAUUUGGAAGAAAAGAUAGUAGAUAUUGCUGAAUAAAAUUAUGAAGAGGCUGGAUGGGAAUGUCCUGAAUAUGCAAGAAGAUUAAUUAUGAAAAUUGAAAAUGGAUAAUAUUUCAUAACAAAUUAAAGAAUUGGGUAAUAUUUGAAUUUUAUCUUAUAGAAAACCUUAUGAUAAUUGGGACAUUAAAGAAGAAAUUUUUGGAUGGAAGAGAAUAGACAUGAACCCAAAACUAUGA